UCCGGGGAAGUCUGUACCUGUCUGACAAGUUCGGUUGUUUAGUUGAUGAUGUGUUCUUAUUGGGAAUAAGGGAGGUUUUUUAAUAAAAUAGCAUACCCUUCUUCUAAUAAGUGCACAAUGACGAGGAAGCAUCAAUUACAUUGAUUAAGGAACAACAUGCAGCAUUAAAAUCAGCAAAAUGCCAGCUGUGUUCCCCGGGACGGGUCAAGGUCGUGCUUGAUGGCAGUUUUGGUGUUACGAUGCGCUGGUGUCCGGGUCUUCUGUGGCUGGACCCCACUGCUCUGUCUGCUGCUAGGCACGUUGCUGGCAUUGCUGUUGCCCUUGGUUGGGGUGGAGGAGAAAUGCCGGGCCAGCGUGAGGGGGUUUGCACUCCUCAGGUGCCACCUUUGGGGGAGUGGUGUGCAUUCCACUGUUCAUUCCACCAGCCUCACUGUUCCCUACACUGAGAUCGACAUCCUUUCAUAUAAGCCUAAACCCAACGCAGAGGAUGUUUUGGAAGCUAAAGCAGCUCUCCACCAGGCACUGGAAAUGAAGCGGCUGGGAAAGCGGGAGAAAGCCCACAAGCUGUUGCUGCAUUCGCUCAACAUGAACCCAGACUUUGUGGAUGCCCUGACGGAGCUGGGCAUCAUCCUGGAAGAGGAGAAAGACGUGAUCCAGGCAGACCAUCUCUAUUCCAAGGCGCUGGCUAUCUCGCCCUGCAACGCGAGGGCGCUGGUGAACCGGGACCGCACACAGCCCCUCGUAGAAGAGAUCGAUCAGAGAUUCUUCAGCAUCAUCAACAGCAAGGUGCACAAGCUGAUGUCUAUUCCCAAAGGGAACUCGGCACUGCGGAGGGUGAUGGAAGAGACUUAUUACCACCACAUUUACCAUACUGUGGCCAUUGAGGGGAACACACUGACGCUGUCGGAGAUCCGGCACAUCAUCGAGACGCAGUACGCUGUGCCUGGGAAGAGCCUGCUGGAGCAAAACGAAGUGAUCGGUGUGGACGCUGCCAUGAAGUACCUCAACACCACCCUCCUAUCCAGGGUUGGGUCUGUCACCAUCACAGACAUCCUGGAGAUCCAUCGCAGGGUUCUGGGCUACGUGGAUCCCGUAGAAGCUGGCAGGGUUAGGACCAGCCAGGUAUUCGUGGGGCACCACAUUCCUCCUCACCCCCAGGACUUGGACAAGCACUUGCAGGAGCUGGUGCAGUGGUUGAACUCUGAAGAAGCCAUGAACCUGCACCCUGUGGAGUUCUCCGCCUUAGCUCACUACAAGCUGGUCUACAUCCACCCUUUCGUGGACGGUAACGGGCGCACCUCCCGCCUUCUGAUGAACCUCAUCCUCAUGCAAGCCAGGUACCCGCCCAUCACCAUCCGCAAGGAGCAGCGGGCAGAGUACUACAACGCCCUGGACAUGGCCAACGAAGGGGACGUGCGUCCUUUCAUUCGCUUCAUCGCCAAGUGCACAGAGAUGACCCUCGACACUUUACUCAUCGCCACCACUGAGCAUUCUGUGGGCCUGCCUGAUGCCAGCAACAGCAACGCUUGCAAAAACUGCAAGCAGACAAUACCGGUCAUGAACUGAAAGUGAGUGGGGGGUGGGGAUACAAAAUGUAGUGAAAGAGUUUGAUCAAAACUCAAGUUUGGGUAGACAGCAGGCAAGUGGGUUGGUUUUCUUAAUGGGAUUCAUAUUAUUUCACAGAAAAACAACACAUUGUCUUCCAAGCAGGAUAGAGCGUGAAAAAGAUUGCCUACUUCUUUGCGAUUUGACUCUUUGGCAGUCUGUACAGGUAUCGUAAUCUACACUGUGCCAAAUUGUCACAAAGUCGCAAAAUAGAAAAUUGUUGUUUAGCACUUAAGACACUUUAGGAAUUGAAGUAAUGGUCAUGCUUUAUAUUAACUGGGUGUUAAGAGCCAGAAAGUGUGGAGCACUUCUACUUCUAAAUGUUAUGCCAAGGUAAUAAAACUGUUUUGCCAUGCUGUUGAUCACACACCAGUUAUUGGGUAACCAAAAGCGGGUUGUGGUAUAUAAUAAGAUUUUCAAAAUUAUGGCAUUGGAUUAUGAGAAUACUGUUGUUACUAACAUUAGUGCCGUAGCUGUUUUGUUUGAGUGGUGUUGCUGUGUGAUUGCACACAGUGAUCACAGAUGAUUUAGAGGGGAGCUCCUGCAUGCAUUCGUCCUGCUGUGAAAACAUUUCAGUUUAACAUAUAUAUAUUUAUAUAGCUUUAUUUAUUUCUUGUUGGAAAAUCUUAUAUGAAAUGAGAAUCGGAUUAUGAUUAUUUGGCCUGUCUGUAGAAAGGGUACACUCCUUCUUCCUGCUAGUUUAUCUUUAUUGAAAUUCCAAGAUAAUAUAGUGACAGCACUGUAUUUAUAAAGGGUGUAAAAUUGAAUAAUUUAUUUAAUAGGUUGUACCUGCAGAUUUGCAGUCCUGCCACUACAUCACACACAAAUGUCCCUACAGCUACAUUGAAAAAUUCUGUGAGUCCCUGUCUGAAAUGCCAACAGCGAAGGUGAAGUCACAAAUAAAAAUGCAUUUAUUGUGACUUAAGCUUGUAAGGUCUGUCAGAUAUAUGGAAAGGGGAGGUAACAUCCUUGUCUUAUAAAUUGUCAAAUUUACUAUUAACUAUUACUCUGGGCAUCAGUGUCUGUACUGUAAUUUACAGCAAAUGUUGUGCGUCUAGCGUUAUUUAUUAACAAAACUGAAGGAAAAAAACAAACAGUUUUUACUGUUACAACCUCAACAUGCUUGGGGUCUUACUCUCCAAGUCAAUGAUCAAUAAAAAAAAAAAAAAGUUGUUCUGUUCAUUACAGACUAUACUGCUUCUGUAAUAAGUGGAAUAAUAAAAAAGUUUAUUUAACAAAAUAACUUUGCAGUAUACCUUAUACCUGGUGCAUUACUUUUUGUAAGGUGUCAUGUCCUCCACUAUCUUUCUCUGUUAAAUUGCCCAGAAUAUGCCAAUAAAUAUAGCGUGCAGUGCAGUCAA